AAACUUUGAAUGAGAGUUACCCUUUUACAGCAUAAGAUACUAUGCAAAAAUGGUAACAGCCUAAAGGCACUAUAGGCUCCUCAAACCAACUCUUAGCCAAAGAAAAUAAUUGAGAAGAUAAAGAAGCAUAUACUCACACAUACACACACACACCUCAAAAGGAAGGAUAACAUGUCAAACUCCACUCCAAUGGAAAAGGAUCUCACAAUGACAGUGCAGCGUUCCUCAUACAUGCCGGGGUGCAUGAUGUCCCCUUCGUGCUUGCCAAUCCACAACGAGUUCCAGUACUCAAGAAUCCACUACUGCAGCAGCCCCAGAAAGAGGGUGAGAAGGUGGAAGAACAUUCUCAGAAAGUUCAUGAGGGAGAGCAAGACCUUGUGUAGAUCCAAACCUAUAUCAUUUCAAUAUGACCCUGUUAGCUACUCCCAGAACUUCGAUGAGGGUUGCCAUCUUGAUGAACCAAGACCAGGGUUGCAAGAUGUUAGGAGAAAAAAGGGCUCUGCAAUUGAAUUUUUCUCUUUGGAUUAUGAAGACAGAAGAAUGCAGAUUCUGGGGUGUGCAAUUUAAAUGCCUUUUUAACAGAGAAGGCAUGAGGACUAUGAUGUAUGGUUGGUAUAUUUAUUGUGGCUUCAAAAAGCCACCACACUCUUAACUGAAAUGAAAUUGUUUGAAGAUGUGUAAUACGUUUGAAAAAUUGUAAUGAGGCAAGCAUGUUAACUUGUUUGUUUGUGAUUUUGAUCAUGUCAUUGGGGUGUGGUUGUGGGGUAUAUAUUUAUUUAUUCACAUGUACAGAAAGAAUA